CGUGUAUGGAGAAUGGUCGCUGCACGAAACACUUUCCAAAGAAAUUUGUGAGACGUACCACAAUUGAUGGAAGUGGAUUUCCUAUUUACAGAAGAAGAGAAAAUGGAAGGAGUGUAAUGAAGAAUGAGACUCCCCUUGACAAUAGAUUUGUCAUCCCCCAUAACCGUACACUAUUGCUCAAGUAUGGGGCUCACAUCAAUGUUGAGUGGUGUAACCAAACUCGGGCAGUGAAAUACCUCUUCAAGUACAUUAAUAAGGGUAAUGAUCGGAUCACGGUAGCAUUCUCUGAGGCAUCCGACAACCGUAAGCCAGAAAAGGUUGAUGAGAUAAAAAUGUAUUACGAUUGUCGAUAUAUCUCUGCAUGUGAAGCGGCUUGGAGAAUCUUUGGAUUCCACAUUCAUUAUAGGGACGUCGCAGUUGAACGUCUAAGCUUUCAUCUCCCGGGACAACAUAGUGUGUGCUAUAAUCCUAAAGAGUCUGUCAGUUCUGUUCUUAGACGUCCUACCAUCCACACUACUAAGUUUCUAGCUUGGAUGCAUGCAAACAGUGUAUAUCCUCAAGCUAGGAGCUUGACUUAUGCUGAAUUUCCUACCAAGUUCACGUGGAAAGCCAAAACAAGAGAGUGGGUACCAAGACAAAGAAGCACCACAAUCGGAAGACUGUACUUCAUGCGACCUGGAGCGGGAGAGAAAUAUUAUUUAAGGAUGCUCCUUGGUGUCGUGAAGGGGGCUAGGAGUUUUGAAGAAAUCAGGACAGUUGAUGGAGUCGUACACUCAACGUUCAGAGAAGCUUGCUGUGCCCGUAGUAUGUUAAAUGACGAUAAAGAUUAUAUAGAUGGACUCAUAGAACAAAGCCAUUGGGCAACGGGGCAUGAACUUCGCAUCACAUUUGUUCAUCUUUUACUACAAGAGUCAUUAUCUCUGCCCAGUAUGGUUUGGGAGAAGUGUUGGCCCUAUAUGUCUGAUGAUAUACUCUACACUAUUAGGAAGAAUCUCAAUGAUCAAGAAUUGCAGCUGGAUGAGGAGCAAAUAAAGAAUUAUUGUUUGCUGGAAAUUGAAAAACUUCUACAACAUCGUGGAAAGUCUCUAUUCUACUAUGACGGAAUGCCUCGAGUAACGGAUCUUGAAAUUCCUUCUCUUGAUGAUGUUUUGAUACACGAGGAAUUGAGAUAUGACAGGAAUGCUUUAGCGGAGGAACAUGCUAAAUUAAUUUCCGCCUUGACGGAGGAUCAAAAGCGUGUUUACGAGACAAUAGUGAGUUCUGUUGAGGCCAACCGUGGCGGAGUGUUCUUCUUAUACGGGCACGGUGGCACAGGGAAAACAUAUCUAUGGAAGACCUUAUCAGCAUAUAUAAGGCAUCAAGGAAAUAUUGUGUUGAACGUAGCUUCAAGUGCGAUCGCAUCAUUGCUACUUCCAGGUGGAAGAACGGCACAUUCCAGGUUUAAAAUCCCACUCACAGCAGCAGAAGAUUCAACUUGCAACAUAAAACCAGGAAGUGCGCUUGCGAAGCUAAUUCAAAUGACAAAAUUGAUAAUUUGGGAUGAGGCACCC